AUGUGGAUAAGCAUUAUCCCAAGCCCAGGUGGAUAUGCCAGUUCGACCGAUGCUUUUCCCGAAUACAAGGUCCCCGGUGGGAAUAUUGAAGCCGAGAAUGAACCCAGAGACGACUAUUGGGGAAGUGAAGCCGGGAGCGACAUAGUUGAGAAUUUGGGGGAUGAAGAAGACGAAGAAGAAGACGAAGAAGAAAAUGAAAAUUUGGAAAAUGAAUUUGACGACGAAAUUGAGAAUUCCGAAUAUGAACCGACCACGAAGUGGGCAGCUGGGCGGUUGAAAGAUACGCAGAAGGACGAACCGCCAAAAGACCAAGACAAACUCAGAAAAAUUGCUCGGUCUGAAGGCCUUCACCAUCUCGGCCUUAGGUGCCCAGGGUCGGGAAGGGUCAUUGAGGGAUUGGUGCUUGGUAUGCCGUGCCCAAAUAGCACGACAAUCACGUUCCAGACAGGUGUUUUUUACAGACAUCAUCGAGCAAAGCAUAUUGGGCUCAAGUGCAGAUGCGCACCCUGUAAUGGGCGGUUUGUGUUUAACGAGUUUUUGAGAUCGAAUUUUCUGGAGGCAGAUGAUAAGCAGACAUUAUGCUGCCACAAGAGUUGCUUCAAACUUACAUGGGAGGGCUCAAGAUUCUGCCAGAAACACUUUCUUGCCUGGACGCCAGAACUCCUCGUCUACGACGAAGCCGCAAUGAAGGAGCUUAGGAGUAUGUUCGAUGCAGUGGCUUCUCAGCAGUGGCGCCCCGAGACAGAGAUAAUGGCGAACCUCAUCAGGAGGAUGGAAUCCGACAGCGAAGCCGAUAUCCCUCCUUCCUAUUUGGUGAAUAUCGACCUGGAAUGCGGUUUCCGUUCCAAAGAGGUACUCGAAAUUGGCCUCGCUGAUAUCGAAGGGAAAGGUGUACUCAAUUGUACCACCAAAUACAGUGACGGGAUCAUCGCGCCUUCCUCGUCGAGCCCUGCACCGCUAACUCAUUCCCAAAUGUCGUAUGACAAGAAGGUCAGAAUGUAUAUUGCGUCGGAUGGCCGCCUUCGUGCAAAGCAGGUCGUUAAAAAACUCCAAGAAGUCGGUAUUUCCAACAAAACCUUUUUCCUGGCUUGGGCGUCGUGGCGCUUCGACCUAAUUUAUGUGAGACAAUGGCUGCAACAAGAAGGUCUUAGCGGCGUUCUCCCCGGGGAUGAGAAUGUCUGCUUGCUCUUCCAAGAGUUCCGCACCAACGUGAGGCGGGUGCUUGGUCGCACCUGCUUCAAAGGCAGGUCAUUUCCUCUCAAGUUACCUUUGUUGUUUGUGUUGCUCUUCGGAGAUACCCAUCCCCUCGCAGGGCGUAACCACCGUGCACUGGUGGACGCUCAGCAAUUAGCCUUGCUGGCGAGGUUGUUUAUCGAUCUUUGCAAGCCCCCCAGCAGGCGGGUUUACUGGCGGGCAUCGACAUUGAAGAUGCCAUUCCCUGGCAAGAGACAGCAAAAGCUGGACCUUUUCUUCCCACCGAGCAAAAGAAGAAAGCUCUCCUGA